AUGCCCUCAUAUGUUAAGUUCCUUAAAAAGAUCUUAUCCAAUAAGAAAAAGGUCGAGGAUAAUGAGACUGUUACACUUACUGUUGAGUGUAGCGCUAUAAUCCAAAACAACAUGCCUCCUAAGCUAAAAGAUCUAGGUAGUUUUUUCCUACCUUGCAUAAUCGGAAAGUUUGUCAUAUACAAAGCUCUAUGUAACUUAGGAGCUAGUGUUAGUUUAAUGCCCUUAUCCAUAUGUGAAAGACUCAAAUUAAGAGAAGUAAGACCGACGAGAAUGUCUCUUCAACUAGCUAACCAUUCUAUUAAAUUUUCAGUAGGUAUACUAGAGAACUUUCCCAUUCGUAUAGGUCAAUUUUAUAUUCCCACUGACUUUAUAGUAAUGGACAUAAAGGAGGAUUCCAGCAUCCCUAUCAUUUUAGGAAGACCCUUUUUUGCCAUUGUUGGAGCUAUCAUAGAUGUGAAGAAAGGAAAUCUAACCUUUGAGGCUGCUGAAGAAAAAGUUGAAUUUAUUCUAACACAUUUCUUAAAGGCACCAGCUAUAGAAGAUUCGUGGUGGACGUCAUCGACGAAUGCAUUAGAGAAAUGGAGAUGGAACGAUCUAAGUAUAUUGAAGGACUAA